CAGAAUACUUAUAGAGCUUUCACAGGUGAAACAGAAUGUUGAGAAUAUUGAUCAUCGUUGGAAUCUUUUGUAUGAAUGUCUCAAGAGGCCUGAGGGUGACCCAGCCAGCAGUUGUUGUGUCCAACAGGCAUGGAAAGGCCACGAUGGUCUGCGGCUAUAAAACUCACGGUGAGGUAACAGAAAUGCGAUUCAGCUUGCUGAAGAAGUCAAUUAACCAAACUACAGAGAUUUGUACUUUUUCAUACAUGACCAACUAUAAACCAGUCACAGUGGGCAAUGGCAUUCAGUGUGAAGGAUUUCCUGGUCCCAAAAAUGUGACUCUGCAUAUGUCAGGGCUUCAGACGGAGGACACUGGCACGUACAUCUGCAGACUGGAAGUCAUGUACCCACCUCCCUACCUGAUCAAAGAGGGCAACCCGACAUUCGUCUAUGUCAGUGACUUAAUUUCAGAAUGCGCACAGACCUCAGAUCCACCGGAGCCUAUCAUGUUCGAAUGGACGCUUGCUGUGAUUUGUGCAGUUAUAUUUCUCUACAGCAUCAUUGUCACCUGCAUCCUGCUGUUUAGCAAGCGAAAGAGGAGAUGGGACACAGGAUUUUAUGAGAAAAUGCUCCAAUCAGAUUCCAUGCAACAAAAAAACUAUUCUCCUUACUAUAUCCGGAUUCAAUAAAUAUCAGUAUCAGAUGAUGGCCACCCUCAUUAAAAGUCAACUUA